AUGAAAUUGCGUCGUGCACUGGUGCUCCUUCCAGCGCUUAUGAUUGCAAGCGGAAUGGCAGCAUGGAAAAGGUACAUUGCAUGUUCAUUGACAAGCAGUAUGCUGAAUCGGCCUGAGCAGCUCAAAAUACUGUCGUGGAAUGUUGCAAGCCUGAGAUCCAUGUUGAAGCGCGAAAGUGGGGACGAGCUGCGGAAGCUGGUGGAGCGAGAGCAGCCUGACAUUACCUUCCUCCAGGAGCACAAACUCCAGGACAUUCAUGUGCCAAAAGUUGCACCUGAAUUGCUGCGAAUAUUUGAUUUGGCCUGCCCGGGUGAGAGCCAUCGAGCUACGUGGGCAGUUUCGAAGGCGCGCAAAGGCUAUUCCGGUGUUUGCGCAAUUUACCGCCAAUCAGUCGGUGGCGGAGUGCUUCGAGCAGCUGUUGGAGAGGUUGAUGAGGUAGAUGCAGCGGAAGGGCGUAGCGUUCGUUUGGACUUGCAAUGCGGUUUGAUCGUUGUCGGAAUUUAUUCUCCAAACUCUGGACAAAGACUUGCACGACUGGACUACCGUGUCAGCGUAUGGGAUUCCAAGCUGCGGUCAUACUUGAAGAAGUUGGACACGGAGGCUGGCUGCGAAGGGGGUUUGCUGCUUUGCGGAGAUCUCAAUGUAGCACACGAGGACAUCGAUUUCUGGAACCCCACAUCGGCGCGAACAAGGCGACAAGCUGGUACAACACCGCAGGAGAGGCAGAGCUUCACAGCUUGGCUUGCUGAGCUGGAUAUGAUCGACAUGUUUCGCUUCAAAAAUCCGGAGACAGAGGGUGUCUUUACAUACUGGAAUCGAAGAACCAAUGGCCGUCCUGCAAACAAGGGGAUGCGCCUUGAUUACUUUCUUGGCAGCCGGCGCUUGUGCAGCUCAAGCCAGGUUGCUGUGAGCGACUGCCAGGUGCUGGGCGCUUUCGGUGGCAGUGAUCACUGCCCAAUCUCCUGUGUGGUCGAAGUGGCAAAAUAG